UUAACCUUGUCCUUUCAUCGUCAAUGUUUUGAAUGUCCGCCAUAGCCAUCAAUCUUUGGGGGCCUGGCUUGGCUUUGCCGCGCGACACGGGCGGCGCAUCGAUCGAUCGCUAGCGGCUGGCAGCGACGCGAGAGGAUUCUCCGUGUUUUCUUGCUCGCGGCUGCCAAUGGGGGUGGAUUCUAGGACAAAGAUGAUCCUGCACAGUCGAUGUCUGUGCUGUGCUUGCCAGCGCCAAUGCGUGGAGGGCGCAGGCGCUGUUCUUGGCCAUGGACGCACAGCUGGAAUCGCAAUUCGAGGUUCGUGAUGUGAUGUUUCCAGGUAUUUCGACUCCCCUGGCGCCGCUGCGCGAUCGACGACUCCGGCACUAGCAGCAUUGGAUGAGGCGGCGGAGUAGAAUCUAGCGCAGGAAGAGAUGAGAAUUUCCAGGAUUGCCUUGGUCGUCGUCGCGAUAAUCUCCGGCCUUGAUCCUGGAUCCGCGCAGUCGAGCGGCGCCGAAUCGGACAGGGAAUCGCUACGAAUCUUUCUCCAAGGCGCGCUUCCAGCGCAACCGGCAUUCAAUCUCUCCGGCUCGCCCUGCCGCUGGCCGGGCGUCAGCUGCUCGGACACGGAUAGCCGGGUCACUCGCAUCGAUUGGCAGGGCUGGGAGUUGCGAGGAUCCAUCCCACAGGACUCCAUUGGCAGGCUCGAUUCGCUGCUCUACCUCAAUCUCUAUAACAACUCCAUCUCGGGCACUCUCCCGACGGAUCUAUGGGACCUCCCGCAGCUCCAGUACCUCAACCUCUCCAGGAACCUCCUCCAGGGAUCCAUGUCCAUCGCGCUGGGUCGGCCUUCGGGGCUCUUCUUCCUGGAUCUCUCGCAGAACCAUCUUGCCGGCCAGAUUCCUCCCAGCAUUGGGCUGCUCAAGAGCUUGGUGGUGUUGAAUCUCAGCCGGAACGACUUCCAGGAUCUGGUCCCAGGUGCCAUCUUCGGCUGCUCGUUCCUGCGGACGCUCGACCUCUCCUACAACAGGAUCUCGGGGGUCUUCCCGUCGGGGCUCUCGCAUUUGGUCCAGCUCCAGGCUCUCUACCUCAACAACAACAUGCUGAGUGGAAUGGUGCCGCCGGAGACGAGCCGGCUACACUACCUCGCGGUGCUGGAUCUCUCCGAGAACCACUUCACGGGGCCUUUUCCCCGCGUGGACGGGCUCAGGAAGCUGGAGGUUCUCAACAUCUCGGGGAACUUUUUGGGUGGGACGAUUCCAACGGGCACUUUUCGCAUCCCCGGAUUGAGGAAGUUCUCGGCCAGGAGCAACUUUUUCGUGGGGAGUUUACCAACACCGUCGCUCUUGCACAGCACCUUGAGCUACAUCGAUCUGGGGCAGAACAACUUGUCAGGAAAUGUUUCUGUGGGGAUCUGGAGUAUGAACUCGGUAGAAACUCUGCGGCUGGACGGGAACAGCUUGUCUGGGCUUUUGCCAUCGCAGGUCGGUGCUGCAUUGAAGGAGCUAGACCUCAAAAACAACGAGUUCAGCGGCCCCGUUUCUUCCGACUUGGGAGCGUUCCAAAGUCUUGCGUACUUGGACUUGUCGACAAACAGGCUGAGUGGGCCUCUACCGGAGAAGUUGACCGGGUUCCCGUCCUUGGUCCAUCUCGGGCUGGACAACAAUCCGUUUCUGGAGAGCAGGUUCCCAAAGCUUCAAGAACUCAAGAAGCUCGAGUACUUGAAUCUUUCCGCGACUCAGCUCACCGGAGGCAUUCCCGAAGAGAUUGGCAAUCUCCAGACGUUGAAGCAGCUGGACCUCUCGCACAACGAGCUCAACGGAACGCUUCCCGAAAGUCUGGGAAGCCUGGUGGGAUUGACUUCGCUGGACAUGUCGUACAAUCAACUCAAUGGCUCCAUUCCCAACUCCAUGGCCAGGUUGACACAGCUACAGCACUUGAACUUUUCGUACAAUGAUCUCAGUGGAGAUGUUCCUGGUUGGCCCUUCAUGCUCCCUUCAGGCUUACUGGGGAACAAGGGACUGUGUGGGCGUGUGCUGAAUGUGCCUUGCCCGCGAGAAAUAGUACCGUCGUCGGGCCACAGUCCAUCAGACAACAGCGAGCACAACAUCCGGAACUCACCACACAGGAGGCAUUUGCGAGUCGCAGUCAUAGUCGGCAUUGUCACGGGAUCAGCAGCAGCACUCCUCUGCGUCCUGGCCGGACUCUGCUACUGCCGAGGCAGCGUCAAAGUUUUCAACAAGAAGCAAGAGCCAACAAAAGAGGAGCGCUUCAUCUCCAUGUCGGGCCCCUUCUCGUCCGAGAUGGAUCCAUCAGUGUGGGCGGCGGGGGUCCGGGAUCCACACACCAUCCCAGUGGUGAUGUUUGAGAAGCCGCUACUCAACCUCACAUUCUCGGACCUCGUCCAGGCCACCGCCAACUUUAGCAAGGACGCGCAAGUCCCCGACGGCGGCUGUGGCCCAGUCUUCCAAGGCAUCCUCCCAGGUGGAAUUCACGUUGCGGUGAAGAUCCUCGGCGAGGGGAUACCAUCCGAGGACGUGGCAUCCGCGUGUGCACAGCUAGCAGCCAUCGGCCGGCUCAAGCAUCCCAACGUGGUACCGCUGCUGGGCUACUGCAUGGUCGGGGUGGAGAGGCUGCUGGUUUACGACUACGUCCAGGACGGGGGCGACCUGUAUGGCCGGCUCCACGAGCUGCCCGAGGGGAUGCCCAACACCGAGGACUGGUCAACGGACACUUGGGAGCAUGGGCAGGAGGGGACUACUAACGCGGCGGUCCUGGCCGUGCUGCCGUGGUCGGUCCGCCACCGCGUCGCGCUGUGUACCGCCCGGGCUCUGGCGUUCCUGCACCACGGCUGCAGCCCCCCGGUUGUGCAUGGCGACGUGAAGGCGAGCAACGUGCUUCUGGACGCAGAGUGUGAGGCUCGGCUGGCCGGGACUGGGCUGGCGCAGCUCGUGGAGAUUGGGACCGGAGAGGCCGGCUACGUGCCGCCCGAGUUUGGCAGCAGCAGCUCCAAUGCAGGAAACAACAACAGCAACAGCAACUCGGGCUCCUCCCGCGAGAUGUCGCCGAAGGCCGACGUUUACUCGUUCGGGGUGGUGCUCCUGGAGCUUGUGACGGGGAAGAGGCCCGUCGGGGACGACUACCCGGGAGGGCACGGCAACCAAGGCGGGGUUGUGCAGUGGACGAGGUGGCUGGUCAAAGAGAAGCGGGGCUUCAAGGCUCUGGACGCGAGGGUGAUGCAAGGGGACGAAGACAUGACCGAGAUGCUCGAGGCUUUGAGAGUGGCCUACUUGUGCACGGCAGAGACUCCCAGCAAGAGACCCACAAUGCAACAGGUUGUGGGGCUGCUCAAGGACUUGCGGCCAUCGUCCUCGAUCUCCGGAGAGCUGGUUGGAGGAUCCUUCUGAUCCACGUACAGGUGCUUUUGGCGGUUCUUGCCGAGGAGAUCCGGAUCGAUAGCAACAAAAACAAAUGACACUACUGAAACCCAACAGUGAUCUCUCUAGAACAGGAGAUGAUUCCUCUCCGCGGAAACUCUUAACUGGCAGCUAAGGUAGCAGUAAAAUAUGAUUUGUUCUUCGCGAGUUCUCUAUCUAUUCCCAGUGGAUCGCACGUCAGUACAAAAGAAUGCGCUCCUUCCGAAUUCGUGUCCCCAACAAAAUCCAAUUGUUGCUUAAACU